AAUGUCUGAUAAUAUCAGGUACAAAAUAAUGAACGGAAGGGAUUGACAGGAAAAGGAUACAGUAUUAUGUAAUAUAGGACGCCGCCACAGAAAUAGACUCCGUGUCUCAUUGUACAGUAGUACAGAACCGUACAUGAGAAGGUUCAAAUGUUUCCUGAAAGGUUUGCAUAUUUUGAUAGCGAUUCAAACCUUCGGUAAACUAAACGGCGCAGAGUCAAGAGAGUUAAAGACGGAAGAGCAGCUACUGCUGUGGAUACAUUCUCUUCAUUGUAAAAUCUAAAUGGCUCUGCAGAUGUGAUGGAAACAUGGCAUAUCCUGGUCUGGCGUAUUUGUCUGAUCCUGGCCCUCUUGCCGCACCUCCACCAGUGCCUGUCAGUGCAUUUCCAGAACAAGGAUCUCCUUUAUGUGGCUCUGGGGAGAGACCUGGUCCUGCAGACCCAGUUCCAGAUUACACCAACAGAGAGGAUCGUCAUGGUGAUUUGGGACUACACGCCUGAGAAGGGUCAGGGACAGGUCAGGCUGGCCGAUCACCAAGAUUCACCUGGCAAUCCAAUAGACCAGAAGGGGGUCUUAUUUAGGGUGGAGAAUAUAAAUUCAUCUAACUAUGGAGUCUACAUCAUCACUGUGACUAACCAGAUGGGGAACGAGGAAGCAGCACAGAUACUUGUUAGAGAGAGUGUUGCUGCUCCUGUGGCGUCUCUGUCCCUCCAGUGUGAGGUGGCCAAUGACAGGGCACAGUGGGACAGCCCAGUGGUUUCCUGGUUGGUGGAUGGGUUAGAGGUCUCCAAUCAGACAGCCAAUCUCUCUGCAGAUGGCAGGAACCUAUACAUGUCUGGAAUGAAGGGCCACAACUACACAUGUGUGGUCAACAGCAGUCUGGGGACCAGUGUUACAAACUACAUCACUGAUUCUCCUACACCAUCCCAAAGUAACCAAUCCUGUGAGACGUGGUGUGUUGUAAUAUUGGUCACCAUCGUCAUCAUCAUCAUCAUCAUCAUCAUAAUAGUGAUUCUAAAGAAAUGUGGAUGUCUCUCCUGGAGAUUCAAACAGAGGAGGACGAAUGGGAUUAUAUGACUUUAGGAGUUCCCUCACGUUCCAUUAUCAGUCUUAUGACAUUUUGUUACACACUGAACGAUCACACAAGUCUUUGGCACAGAUGGGCACCUGCGGAGAUGGUAUGAUAUGAGAAGUUUAAAUGUAAUAUUCUAUUGCAGUAUGUCACUCUACCAGACACCAAUGAUCAUUCCUAUUAAGAGCAGUGGCCCUAUUCCGCAUCAAUAAAAUAUAUUGAUAUGCCUUUUUAUCAAAUUCAAUUGCAUUUGUCACAUGUUUAGCUGAUGUUAUUGUGGGUAUAGUGAAAUGCUUGUUAUUGGUGUAUUUGUAUGCUGAUUUGUGGUAUUUAAUGCAGUGUCUAUACGUAUAUUUUGACUUAUUAUAUCUUUGUAUCUUUUUGUUAAGUACUGUAUGCCAUCACAUUUACAAGUUAAAAUUAAACCUAAACCUACUUUUGUGAUACCUAUGUAUGAUAUAAAGCAAAUGGAAAAAUGUACACUUUGAUACAAACAAAAUAAACCUCCUCUCACUGUCAACUGUGUUUAUUUUAAGUAAACUUAACAUGUGUAAAUAUUUGUUCGAACAUAACAAUAUUCAACGACUGAGACAUAAACUGAACAAGUUCCACAGACAUGUGACUAACAGAAAUGGAAUAAUGUGUCCCUGAACAAAGGGGGGAUCAAAAUCAAAAGUAACAGUCAGUAUCUGGUGUGGCCACCAGCUGCAUUGAGUACUGCAGUGCAUCUCCCCCUCAUGGACUGCACCAGAUUUGCCAGUACUUGCUGUGAGAUGUUACCCCAUGUUGGAUUCUGUAUUUUACAUGAUAUCCAUUAGCAUAUAUAUGAUUAAAUAUUAUCUGAUGUU